CGACAUGUUUCUUCGGACCAGAAGAAAUAUACGAAUCUUCAAACAAGACUUCUCUCUUGGUUUUAUUUAGUUCGAAGUAUAUUUUACCGCCGACUGCUCUUAGACACAGUUCGCUGUAUCGUGAUGCUCGGAA